AUGCUAUUAGAUUUUCCUACAGAUGUUUUGAACUGCGAUGACGGUGAAAAUUUGUUGAAAGAUGAUUGCUUCCUUUGCUUUAUAUUGUCACUGCCAACAAUUUGA